AAGAAUUUCUUGACAUUGAAGGUACCCUUUCUCUCUCUCUCUCUCUUUUGUUGCUUGACCCUCAAUCAAAGACGCCCCAUCUUUUCCGUUUUGCUUAGGCAAACUUCACACAGACACAGACUCUUCGAAGCCCUAAUCUCUCUCUUCCCCAAACCACCAUGGGUCGUGAAACCCUUCUUCAUCCACCACCACCAUCCACCACCGCCCCAACAGCCACACACACCCCACCACCACCGCCGCCGCCACUGCCGUCUCUACCUUCAUUGACACAAGCAGGACCAUCAGGAGGAGUAUCAGCAUCUGCACCUUCACCAUCUGCUUCACCUUCUUCUCCUGCUAUUGUUGCUACUACUGCUGUGGCUACUGCAGUUGCUGCUCCUCCUACCUCUCUUGCUCCUGGUUUCAGGUUCCAUCCUACUGAUGAGGAGCUUGUUAUCUAUUACCUCAAGCGCAAGGUUUGCGGCAAAAGCUUCCGAUUUGAUGCAAUUUCUGAGGUUGACAUCUACAGGAGCGAACCCUGGGACCUUGCAGAUAAGUCGAGGUUGAAGACUAGGGACCAAGAAUGGUACUUCUUUAGUGCACUGGACAAGAAGUAUGGCAAUGGUGGGAGGAUGAACAGGGCCACAAGCAAAGGAUACUGGAAGGCUACAGGGAACGAUCGUCCGGUUAAGCAUGAACAAAGGACUGUGGGGUUGAAGAAAACUCUGGUGUUCCAUAGUGGAAGAGCCCCAGAUGGUAAGAGGACCAAUUGGGUCAUGCAUGAGUACCGACUCGUCGACGAAGAGCUGGAGAGGGCUAGGUCUGGAUCCUCUCAGCCUCAGGAUGCAUAUGUUUUGUGUAGAGUUUUUCACAAAAAUAACAUAGGACCUCCGAAUGGGCAACGUUAUGCACCUUUCGUUGAAGAGGAGUGGGAUGAUGCAUCGGCAUUGGUUCCUGGGGCAGAACCUGUGGAGGAUGUUACCGUCACUGUUGCCCAUCCUCUACGCAUUGAAAGCAACGGUCGCACUUUAUGCAGCGACAGGAGAAACAAUGUUGCACAGGAUACUCAAUCUAACAACAAAGUUCCAUUUGAUGUGAACAAGCUUCCCAUUGAAACUCAAAGUCUGCUAGCUGUCUGCAAAAGGGAGAGUAUGGCCGAGUUUCCAUCACCUGAAAAGGAGGAUAACUCGAAGCGUCAGAUCGAUGAGUAUCCUUUGCCACAAACAGAAAACACCAAGCCUAUCUCCCAAAUAUACAAGAGGAGGAGGCAUUAUUUGAAUGUCAACCAUUCAAAUGUUAACGGAGAUUCAGUCCGAACCAUCCAAGAACCGCCAUGUUCAUCAACAAUAACCACCGCCGCAACGACACUCCCGACGGCCGCCACCACAGCCUCCACUGCAAUAACCAACGUUGCACCUAAAAAACAUUUCUUGUCUGCACUGGUGGAGUUUUCUUUGAUGGAAUCCCUCGAAUCAAAGGGAAAUGCAUCCGUUCAACCACCAGAGUUUGAUGAUGCUUCCUUGGAGGCAUCCGUGCCGCCAAAUUGUGUUAAGCUCAUCAAACGCAUGCAGGGCGAGAUUUACAAACUUUCCGAGGAAAGGGAGACUAUGAGGUUUGAGAUGAUGAGCGCACAAGCAAUGAUUAACAUGCUCGAGUCGCGCAUUGAAAUUUUGAGCAAAGAAAAUGAGGAACUGAAGAGCAUGAUUAAUAACAAUCCUUAGGGGAUUAGCACGGUGGCCAUGUAAUCUUGCUUAUUGCAACAGAGUGAUGGUGCUCUCAGUCUACCUGAUCUCUUGUUAUCUUUUAAGAGUUAAGAACUGUAGUCUUCUUCAUUUGGCUGAACUUUCUGAGUGGUAUUUAAACUUUGCCAUUUGUGUAGCCUUGUAGCUUAUGACUUGUUACCCUUGUUCAUCAAUGGCUAUGUUAGUCCCUCCUUCCUUUAA